CGCGUCAGUUGACCGAUGGAACGGAUGUGCACGAGCUCGACCGAUGGUCUUCGUACGCAGUGUAAAACGCAUGGUUCCGACCGUGCGCAUGCGUGCCGUCAGUCCUGCUCUGUACGGAUACAUGGAAUAUCUAUGGAAAAGACAAGCGCGACUGACGUACGCACUGACGGUCGGUCGAGCUCUGUAACCGGCCUUAGAGCUUAUGUGAGCAUCACCGUCAGUAUUAUCAUUAGACCUCACUUGGCUCGGUCAAUUAUUUAUGCAUGUAUUUAUUGUGUAGGUGGUAACUUUGGCGAUGAACUGGCGGGGGACGAGCCAUCGCAGGAGGAUCUGUUCGAGGAGAAGCUGUAUGAAGCAAUCGACGGAAUCUCUGAGAAAUCGGCGCAGGGCCGCACCAACAGUCUGCUGGCCGUCGGCACGGCGUUCACCCGCCGCUACGUGCCCCAUCUCAUCAUCGAUAGACGCAUGACACUGGCUGACGGCAUAGAGCGGGCUCUGAAGAAGGGGCGUGGCGCUGAACAGGCGGCCGCCGCACAGUUGGCAGCCCUGCUCUGCAUCCAGCUGGGGGCCUGUGACGUCACCAACCACAUUUGCCAUCAGCUGGUCCCCACACUCACACACAUUGCAACAGACACCAGUAUGGCGCCGCUUGCAAGGGCCAAGUGCUGCUGGGCGUUGGGCGUACUGAACUACAUCGGAGACACGGACGACACGGCCGGGUCGCUGGUCGUGCUCAGCAGUUUUGCGGGCAGCUACCCGAAGGGGGACGGCAGUCAGCCGACGGUCACAGCUGACACGGCCCAAAUGCAUGCAGCCGCCCUGUCUGCCUGGUCUCUGCUGCUCACUGUCACCGACAGUCACCACUUGCCAUCGUUGACCCAACUGGCAACUCUGCUGCAAUCGCCGCACCUGGAGGUGCGAAUGGGCGGCGAGGCGAUCGUGUUGCUCGUCGAACAGGAACGCGACACGUCCAACAGUUGCGACGACUUGGACGACCAGUUGGUCGACCAGCUGCGUGACCUGGCCACCGAUUCCCACAAGUAUCGCGCCAAAAAGGAUCGCAAGACGCAGCGGUCCUCGUUCCGUGACAUACUGCGAUACGUCGAGGAAGAUGAACCUCCCAAUAUUCAGAUAAAAUUCGGCAAGGAGAUGCUAACACUGGAUACGUGGAGUCGUAAAACAGUAACGAUGUUCUCUGUCAGGUAAUUACAGAUCUAUCAAUCUAUACUAUAAUAAAGGAAAG